AUGGAGGCGUUCAGACACGCCGUGGAACGUGUGAUGGGCAAGCCGGCAGAUCAGCUAGAUUGCGCUUUAAUGGCUUCUGUUCAAAGGCAACUGAUGGAAGUAGCAGAUGCCAUAAACGGUAUCCGGCCUCUUGCGGAGCUAACGGACGUCGAGAAACGGGAGUGCUCCAAAACUUCUUCCGUCAAACGCUAUCCUGCCGAAUGUGUCGUCUAUGACGAAGACCGAGACUUCAGUUUGGUGCCAGGUGAUGCUUACUUCUUGCUCGAAGGCCAGUGCUUGGGUGUGCAGCGGUUGCGAGUGCGAAAACGUUUGGUGGCCGGUCACGACCGCUAUGCUCUGGUCCAGGAUGUUGGCGAAAGAGACGGACCGCAAUGUCAAACGGUCUAUGUUAAGACUUCAGAACUUCGGCCUGGAUCGGUGUUUUGCAUAGGUGAACGGUCCGAAGGCGGUCGAUUGGUGUUGAGCAUAACCGAAGUUAAGUACCUUCUGGUGCCGUUUGCUUUUUUGGCCAAACACAAUACGGCUAACGUGUGGGGACGAACGGCGUGUUCGUUAGAUUCAAGUGCACUCACCGUCCGAGAGUCAUUUCGCAAAUUUGUCGUUUCCAAAAAAUGGGAAGAGUACAAGAAAUCGACGGUAGAAGCGGUUGUGCUAAAAUGGAAAACCGAAAAGUAA